GGGUGUUAGGUUAAAAGAGAAAGACGCUAAGAGUUGAUUGGCAUACAGUCGUACACAAAUUCCAGUUAACUAACUGCAUCAAAUUAGAUCGUGGAGUGCAGUAUGCACCUAGGAUUUCCAAUACCACACGUAACAUCUUUCAUCGCAAGAUAAUGGAAAGAGGGGAUAUAAACAAAAAGAUUUUACAGGAAUUAGUGAAACUGCCGGACAACAAUCAUUGCGCAGACUGUGGCGCGCCUGAGCCAGAAUGGGCAUCGUGUAAACUGGGAGUGUUUGUGUGUCUAAAAUGCGCUGGUGUCCACCGGAACCUCUCCGGUCGCAUCAAAUCUAUAAUUCUCGAUUUUUGGGAAGAUGAUUUGGUUAAGUUUAUGAAAUCCAAUGGAAAUGCCACUGCUAAGGUUGAGUAUGAGAAAGCAGUCCCAGUGUACUACUACCGGCCCCAGAAGGAUGACUGUGCUGUAUUGAGGGAGCAGUGGAUUCGAGCUAAGUAUGAAAGGAUGGAGUUUGCCGGAGUGACAAAGUACCCACCUCUGGGAUAUACAACAGGUUUCUAUGAGGGAAUGCUGUUGAAGAAGGGGAAGGUGAACGGACAGUAUCUGAAGAGGAAGUUUAUUCUGUCACAGGCAGAAUUCACCCUGACUUACCAUAACAAGGAGGAUGAGUCCAAAAGACCUAAAGCAUGUAUCCACAUAAAAGAUCUAAACGUCACCUUCCAACCUGACAAGAUUGGUCAUGCUAAUGGACUACAAAUCAGCUUCCUGGUGGACACCCACACCAGAAACCUUUAUGUCUACCAUGAGAGUGGUGAGGAGAUUGUCACUUGGUUCAAUGCCAUUCGAGCUGCUCGCUUUGCCUACCUACAAACAGCCUAUCCCACAGGGAGUGACAAAGAAUUGGUUCCCAGGAUUACCAGAAACUACCUUAAAGAAGGAUACAUGGAGAAGACAGGCCCUAAGCAAUUGGAACAAUUCAAGAAGAGAUGGUUCCUCUUGGAUGCCCAGGAAAGAAAGCUCCUCUACUUUAAAGGCCAACUGGAUGCCACAGAGCAGAAGGCAGUGUUCAUCGGCCCAGAGAGCAGCGGCUAUUCUGUAAAGGAGAGUCAUCCAAAGGGGGCCAGAGGGAACAAAUGGAAGUAUGGCAUUGUUAUGGAAACCCCAGAACGUCAGUUUGCCUUCCUGUGUGAGCGGAAGGAGGAGCAGAAAGAGUGGGUGGAAGCCCUCAAGCUAGUCAUGGCGAAACCCAUGCAACCUCAGGACUACACCACUGAAGCCAACCUGAAAGGAUGACAGAGAGAUGUAGAAGAAAAUACUACUGCCACUGCUGAGCCACCUCAGACCAGUUAUCCUUAUCUAUCCCAUGGAACAACUGGAUUAUUUUACUUUUGGUUACAUGAUCAAAUGCUGGUGUUAGUAUCCACCAUUGAAUCACCACAACUUACAGCGGAGCUGAAACCAUAUGAAGCUCUGAGGAUUGUUGAACUGUUGAGACUGUUCUAUAGAUAAAGUAACUAGAACAGCAUGAUACAUACAUCACUGUGGUGGUAAAUAACAUACUGUGCACAUACUGUGCAGGACAUACAUUGCUAUACAAGAGCUUAAUUUUUCAUAUUUUAAUCAGACAAUUUCAGAAAUUUAAUAAAUAAAAUAAUGACUUAUGAAAAGCAGUUUGGCUGAUCACUGUAUCACUCAUUACCUAAUUUUAUAUACAAAAUGAAUUACAAAAAUAAAUAAUUUAUUCAAAAUGUA